AUGUAUGAUCUGUCUCAGAAGAUGAUGGGGCAGCACAAAAGAUUGGUGGUAAAUGAAAGAAAUAUAAACGAAGUAGAGGACAUGGAGAAAAUGGCCCGAAUUGCGAUGAAGAAUAUUGCUUACCGCGCUAAACACCUUUUUCAAAAGGUGCUAUUGAAGUCCCGACCUUGUGGCAUUUGCACAAGAGGCAGAGAACAGAAAUUCAAUGAAGGAAUAUUACCCAACCUUUAUUUCCAGAGGGUAUUAUCAGACCGUGGGAAAUCGAAGUCUCAGAGAACAAUGCUGAAAGCCCAAAGACAACGGAGAAAAGAUCAACUGACGUUUUUACCUGGUCCACACGCGAUCAAUCUCUUCAAAAGAAUUCGGUCUCAUUCCCCGAAUGCGGUCCCUCUAGACCAGAAGGUAGCUCAAUCAAGUUUGCCCCAGGAUCCGACGAUCAAAUUUUCCAAGUUCACAAGUCUGCCGCCUGAACUUCGUGGAAUGAUAUGGAAGGCUGCACUUUCGGAAGGUCGCCAUAUCUUUGCAGACGAUUGGGAACUUGGACUAUUUCAUCUCUUACCAUCACCUGAGGUGUCUAAUUCUAAAAAUUCCCUCCAAUUGGCCUGCAAAGAAUCGCAUGAAGUUGUACAAGAACGUUAUACGUUUGUAUUUCAACCAAUGAGUAAUGGAGCGCCGGCAUAA